AAAUAGACGUAAAAGAAUUUGCAUUUAAUUCCUUUCCCCUUUGAUCCUGUGAACUCAAGGCUGUUGGAUUAAUACUUCACGCUAUUUGAGGUCCGUUGAAACUGGACAGCGAUUGCAAUGGCCACUUUACAGCGCCCAAAAAUUGUCAAAAGGUUAAGUUGGCAAGAUAUGUCAGGUCCAAGAAUUCACUUAACUCGACGAAUCGUCCAAUUACAAGGAAACAAAGUCUGCGCAGAUAUUCUUGAACAAGCUAGGCAAAUAUGUAACGAUUACAUCGAAGCUAAGCUUGAACGAGAUGGCAUCAAGAACCGGGGUUUAUCUUUCGCGUUCGUUAAUUCUACAGAGAAACCCGGUGAGACCACCAGCCUCGUCUCGACGCGCAUCCAAGAAGUCGGUGAGCUACUUGAAUUAAGCUACCCACGGCUUUACAAAGACAUUUCUAGUCAUGUAAACGUUCGGUUCACAAGCGAGAACGCCGUCCAUGAAGUCUUCAAUGACGUUUCAUCGGAAAUAUUGAGCGAUGGGUUAAACUGGGCAAGAAUUAUUGCCCUGUACACGUUUGCCGGGGCUCUCGUCUCCGAAUGUUGCAGAGACGGACGCAAUCGAUAUGUGCUUGACAUUGGAAGUUGGAUGUAUGAAUUUGCUGCCUUAUAUUUGGUAGAUUGGAUCAAAGGCAAAGGCGGAUGGGUGAGAUGAAUAAUAUAUUUUGGCAAUUCAAUUUUGUGUUAAUUAUGAAAUCAUAAUCCUUUAAUAACACGGAUAUUUACGUCUAGCACAGCUUUCGCACCGUCAUUAUAGCUGCUUUUGAAUGCCGGAAAUUCGCGGUAGAUUUGCUAAAUCCUUGUGGCAGACAACAAUUGAAGUUCAGUGAGAUAUCAAGGAAAACUCUUUUCAUGAUAUGAGAGAGGUCAGCAUAGUCAUUUUGUUACUCCUUGAACUUCUUGCAUCAAUAGUACGGUAACACGUAUCUCAUUUGUUGAGUUGCCUUAGAGAUGAGGGCCUGCAGUACAUCGUUACUCAUAAAAUCCGUCGACUGGAGUUUCUUAGCAUCCAAAGCUUAUAAAACAAGGUGGUUAAACAAUGAAAGAAGUUUUUAAACUUUCGUUGAGCAAAAAAGAUGAUUUCGAGGAAGCCGAGAACCGACUGUACAAAGCGGUCCGAAAUAAAUUACCUUAGCAUUUCUCGAUCUGUACGGAAAGAAAGGCGCAUAUUGUGCAUAAAACUAACAAAACCGCCGAUAACAAUUUGUUUGCUUUGCGGCACUUUGCCAUUCUAAACGAUCCUCUUGGACAAAAUUAGAGGUACUUGUUUGCUAAAAAAAAUUUUGUUCUUCAACGCUCCUGUACUUGUAACAAGAUAAGCAUGCAUUUCACUUUCCUCGUUUUCGAAUAGUGAUUGAAUUUCUGGAACAAAAGCGGUUACAGAUAUCUUAUCCUUAAGUGUAAAAGAAAAGUCCGAUACGGGAUUAAGCGUUAUUAUUAUUAUUAUUUGGCUUUUGAAUUGAAAAAGUGUUAAAAUAAUGAUCAGUUACUUGAAUUUUGAUGCAUAUGUGUAAAAUAGCAAUUACGGGUCACAAGUUUCCAAAAUUUUACUUUCCUGACGUCAUGGUUUCGAUCGUGGUGAUUUUGUUUUGCGAAAAAACAGCAUAUUUUUAUAACAUAUCACAAUACUGAUAAACAUAUGUAUAAUCAAAAAAAUUAUCCAUCCGUAUAAAAACACUGUCGCUAACAUUAAUUUCAAUAGCUCGAAAUAGCGUAUGUAUAACGCUAAAAUUGAUAAUAGAGAUUAUAUUUAGAGUCACAAAGCUGAAGGUUAAAAAUGGCUCUUGACUACAGCUGACAAAGAAAUUAAAGAAAUUAACCCUUUUCUUAGAAAGACAGGGGGCAAGAAUAAAACGCAGAUUCAGGCGUUUCUGUGCUCCGUUCGUAACUUAAUGAACCCGGCGUUUGCCAAAUGCUAGAUCGACGAGGACACUCCAAAAAAACAAGGAAGCAUACUACGAACGCCGUGGACUAGUUAGUUAUGGCUUGUACCUUACACAUGCGCAUUGCCAUGUCACCUGGGCAGUGGCAGACAUGGACAACUGUUUCGGUCUCAACGACAUUACGGACAUUAACUGUACUUAAUUAACGUUUUUUGUUGCCUGUUUUGCAGUAACCUAACUAACACAGGAUUGUUAUAUCUUAUAGGAUGAUUUAUUGCGGGCUUUUCCGUAUGGGAUCAGGACGACCAGCAGGUAUCCACUUGUCUUGGAAGUCAGCCGGCAAUGGACCAGUUAUCUAUGUGCGAUUGUGAAGACUUGUUUUGGGACAGCUUUCGAUUUUCUAAGUUUUUCUUACAAGGCUUAUUUACGGGGAAUGCGAAAUGUUUCACGAAAAAUUAGUACAUAAGGUCCGGGAAAUUCAAUCGGCCCAAGAAAUAACUGAAGGCACAUCAAUGGAGGCUUGGAAAGUGGUCUGAAACAAGAAUUCCUUUGCUCGCAAAUACCGUACACAGUUGCUUGUAAGACCCCCUCCCACUCACAUGCCCCCUCGGCCGGUAUAAACUCAACAACCGGUAAACAAAAGAUCCAUCCGAUUACAAGCCCCCCCGGACAUAAGCCCUCCCUCCAAUAGGAAUUGAGCCCGUCAGAUAUAAGCCCCUCCCGUAUAAGCCCUCCUCUUAAAUAACUAAGCGACUGUGAACGGUAUAGGUUAGGUUUCUGUGAAACUGCCCACCUACCCCUCCCCUAAGCUAACAUUAACACUUAGUUCUCGCUUAAGGCAAAAUGAUGGCUUAGGGGAAGGGUAGGUGGGCAGUUUGCCAGAAACCUUAAUUGAUCCGCGUUAGUGAUGGAUAGAGUGAAAAGGCAAGAAAGCCCCCGAUAAAAGUGGGAAAAAGAAGUGAACUGAAGUGGUAAUUAUUUUCCCCGUUAUUCUCGCGCCUCGCCGAACCCAAAAGGCGGCCUUUUCUCUCAGGAGACAGAGUAGUUAUUACCCGCUUCGAUUUGGCCUUAGGCGGGUCUCGUGAAAGGGCUAACGCCAAAAGAGAAUUUGUUAAUUACAAAAUGAGAAUGUCUACAACAGUUUUUUUACUGCCUAAGUUCUAAUCCGAAUAUGCAGAUACUAAAAGUUGAUAUCACUACCAAGUUAGAAGAGAAUUACGCAUACACCCCAUCCUCUAGUUACUUUUUGUGAAGAGCGAGAAAUUACCAUAGUAACAUUCUCCCUGAGCUAGAUACGGAUAUGGGUUUUGGGUCCCUUUGUUCUGAACAGGGUAUUUGAUCACACGAGGUUGCCAGCGUAAGAGCUAUCCGUUAUGGUGUGGACAUCGCCUAAAGACUACGAGUGGCCUCUUAGUUUUCUUCGAAAUAAGAAUUUAGGCAGCGUACCCGCGCGAGGGGCCAACGGUGAGGCCGCGAGGCGGAAGCUAGUCUGUGUAGCAAGACUUUCCGAUCAAGUUAAUGCGCGAACGUUCCCUCAAUUCCCUUUUUUUUCUCUCGUGAAGUGUGAAGUAAAGUAAAGACUCUUUAUUUAAGUGAACACGUGACAGUUAUAACAGGGACUGAUAAACUUGUGUCCCGACCUUCUUGAGGACCUCGCGCAAAAAAGCUUGUUUCGCAGGCUACGCGGAAGCCGGAAAAGCCAGAUAACUUGGUGAUUUCCAGCCCUAACAACAUAUAUACUCAAACAAAGGAAAACUAUCGUUAUUUUCUACUACCUUUUAAUACCAGUUACGCUGGGUUUUCUAGUACAAUUCAAGCUAUGUUUGCUUCUAA